AUGGGCAUUUUCCUAUCUGAUGCGCAUACUUUCACGGAGCCCAGAGCCGCGCUCAUAUCCAAUAAAUACUCUCAUAUUAGCAGGCCUUUCAAAGCAGAGUUGUAUAAUAAAGUCAAAGUCCUCACAUCUAUCGAUCUCAAACGACCCUCUACCGACACACCCACAUCAUCCUUCCUCCCCAGCAUUCAAAAUAUCGCCUUCCUAACCACCCUCUCAGCACUCGGUAUCUACACCCCAGCUGUCAUCGGCAUCGGCAUCAUGACAAGUCAUGUACAGGCAUCCUCUUUUCCUGCCUCGGGUGGCUUGAGUUCGAGUCCGCGGUGGAAGUCAAGCCCGAUCGAUCAUAAACGAAGACGCAGGGCACAUCCUAGAGAUGUUUCCGUUGCAGGUCCUGAUACCCAAGAUAAAUACUCUUAUCAUGUGGCCGAAGUUCUCGUUAAGAAGUUUGAAGAACUUCUCGGACGGGUAAAUGGACAGUAUCCCAGAUUCAAGAGCCCGGGACAUCUUCCAAAGUUCGCCACUUUGGGUAGAGAAAAUGAAAAUAAGGGUGAAUCAGCAGAUGCUCCGUCAUGUGAUUCAUCCACAAAUUCAGAAAAUCAGCUCACUCCCGCAAAAUCAGGUUUGCACCCCAGGACCUCGGAUUUUGACACGGCUAAUAACAAUACCUGCCAUACUACAGAUCUCAAAAUCCGGCAAAAUGACAAUACGCUCCAGCCUACAAAGGACGCACUUGUCUCCAGAGAUCUCAAAACUCGGCAAAAUGACAAGACACUCCAAUCAGAAGUAACCUCGCUUGUGCGUCGGGACCCGGAAUUCUCGCAAUUCUGGCAAAAUCUCAUACAUUUGUGUUGGGGCCCUGGUAUGCAUUGGAACGGGAAUGGUUGUGGCUCUGAUUGA